AUGGUGGCGGCGGCACCACCGGUUAAGGCGGAGCUAACAUGCGACACGGUGUACAGCAACCUGCAACCAUGCCUUACGUAUGUGUUGUUUGGUUUUAGUUUGCCAUCUGAUUGCUGCGAUGGGGUUAAAUCCCUCAUCGCUAGCGCAACAACCACCGCGGACCGCCAGAUCGCGUGCUCGUGUGUGAAGAGUCUUGCCUCUCGUGCGACCGGAGAUGAACUCAGUCGUGCCGCUGGGAUCCCUGGAAAAUGUGGUGCCAAUGUUCCUUUUGAUAUUAGUCCAGAUGUUGACUGCUCAAAAGUGAACUGA